UGUGCCUACCAGCGACCGUCAUUUCUCAAAACAUGGCGGCCUUUAAACAAGAUGUUGUGAAGAAAUUAGAAUACACUAUACAUAAAUGUUCUAGCUUUUCGUCCACAUAUGUACCUGAGAACAUCCAGGAAGACAAGUCAAAUGAUCAGUCAUCUCGAUGGUCUUCUGAUACAAAUAAUCCGCCACAGUACCUAACAUUAAAACUACAGAAGCAUUCCAUAGUUGAGUCCAUCACGUUUGGAAAAUAUGAGAAAACACAUGUAUGUAAUCUUAGGAAGUUCAAAGUAUUUGGUGGGCUUCAAGAUGGCAAUAUGAUUGAAUUAUUGGAAAGUGGUCUGAAGAAUGAUAGCAUAGCAGAGACGUUCCAGUUGCGUCACACCAUUGUAGACCAUCCAUUUCCUUGCCGUUACAUUAAGAUCAUGCCUCUGCAAUCAUGGGGUCCCAGCUUUAAUUUUAGCAUAUGGUUUGUAGAACUGAUAGGUGUGGACAACUGGGAUAUAGUGAAGCCAUGUAUGGACUGGUUCAGUGCUUAUCGAGAACAAGAAGUAGUCAGAUUAUGUCUGAAACAUUUUCGACAACACAAAUAUCAAGAGGCAUUUGAGUCACUGCAGAGACGUACACAAGUGCAGUUGGAAGACCCAGUGUUGAGCAGGUUGCAUGACAUACUUGUCACCCAAGGAGAUUAUGUGGGCACAGAACACUUCAUGGAGCACUCUGUCACUAUUGGUCUCUUCAGUCAGUAUAUUGGACAGCAAGAAUACCGACCAGUAUGGCGUCCUAUUCAGCCAUCUGACUCGGAAAUACAACCAGGAAUGAGAGGAGGUCACCAGAUGUGUAUGGAUCCAUACACUGAAAUGAUAUAUUUGUUUGGUGGCUGGGAUGGGAACCAGGACUUGAGUGACCUUUGGGCGUAUCAUGUACCAACACGCAAGUGGACUCUCAUCACCAAGGAUACAGAAGCAGAGGGAGGUCCUAGUGCCCGGUCAUGUCACAAGGUUUGCUUAGAUCCAGAGAGGAGACAGAUCUUCACUCUUGGGAGGUACCUCGAUACCCAAUACAGGUCACCAGAAAAUCUCAAGAGUGAUUUUUAUGUAUAUGACAUUGAGAGCAACAGAUGGACGUUGAUAACAGAGGAUACAGGAAUGAUGGGUGGACCACAACUCAUCUUCGAUCACCAGAUGUCCAUGGAUGUGGCAAAAAGAACAGUCUAUGUGUUUGGAGGACGUGUUCUCACACCUCCUGCUGGAAUGGCUGAUGACAGGCCUGGAUGCGUAGGCCUUGUUGGAACAUCAGAACCAACCUUCUCCGGACUGUUUUCCUAUCAUGUUCCCACAAACACAUGGACAAAACUGUGUGAUGAUUCAAGCAGACCAGGCAGCCCUGGAGUCCCAACCAUUAGAUCUCGUGUAGGACACUCAAUGCUCUUCCAUCCUGGAUGCCGUAAACUUUUUAUCUUUGCUGGCCAGAGGAGCAAAGAAUACCUGAAUGAUUUCUUCACAUUUCAUGUGGACACACAUGAAGUGAGGCAAAUAUCAGAAGGAGCAAAGAAAGAAGCAUGCAACAUUCCAGCAGCAGGAUUCACUCAAAGGGCAACGAUUGAUCCUGACCUCAAUGAGAUAUAUGUGUUGUCUGGUCUGAGCAAGGACAAGGAGAAGAGGGAUGACAAUGUGCAAAACUCAUUUUGGGUUUAUUAUAUUGCACAAAACAAAUGGUCGUGUAUAUAUAGAAAUGAAAAUACUGGUGAGCAGUACUGGAACAAAAUGCAGCAUUUAGAGCCAUGUCCAAGAUUUGCACAUCAAUUAGUAUAUGAUCAUAUUAAUAAGGUACACUAUCUCUUUGGUGGUAAUCCAGGAAGAGCGUGUUUACCUAAGCUUCGUCUUGAUGACUUCUGGCAGCUUCAGUUGUGUCGACCAACACAUGCUCAGCUCUUACAAAGAUGCAAACUCCUGAUAAGAAAACACAGGUUUGAAGAAUUAGCUGCAAAGAACCAGAUGACUGCAUUACAUUAUCUGCAGACAACACUCUCAGAAAUAAUAGAUCACAAUGAUCCUGAACAGACAAAAGAAUUUCAGUUGCUGACCUCAGUAUUAUUUCGAGAGCAAGAUGAGAGAGGCAUGACUGUAGCAGAUGGGAGUGAGGAUGAGGAACUGGACUGUCACCAUCAGCGUUCACAGCUAUUUGAUCAGCUUGUAUCCUUCUUCCCUGAUACCAUGACACAACCGACUGGAAACCUUAUAGACCUGAUUCCUCUGUAACCACAUGAAAACUAUUUCCUAGAUUUUCUGCUAAUCCUGUGAUGUACAUUUAUGUUAUCCUUUUAAUGUAAAUUCUUAUUCUUUUCUCUGUGACCUUGACAAUCAGUAACAUUUAUUCACUUUCACCCGGAAUAACUUGUUAAUUUACAUUUGCGAUUCUGUGUAUGAUCAUGUCGUUUCUUGGGAUGUAAAGUUUUAUUGAAGAAAUUCUUGAAAUACUGUAACUAUACUGUAGAUAAUUGUACAGAACUGACUUCUCGUAUUUCCUGUAAUUUUUUUUAAUGCCUACAGUCAAUGUGAUUUGUUAACCCACUUCUGUGUUUGUGAUAAAUAAGAAUGUUUGGUUCCUCCA